AUGACGUCGAGUAAGUUGUCGGUUUCUCGUGCCUCCAUUAAAUCUUCCUUUGGCCAUUUCUCCUUCUCUUCUUCUCAAACCAAUCUUUCAAACCCGGACCCUCCCCCUUCAUCCCACGGCCAGAGGCAUCACAGCGUAUCCGAGCCCGUACACGAAGGCCAAGCAUUCGGAGACGCCUAUAACACCACCAAUAUCAGCACAAAGUCCUUCUCCCGCCCGCUACCUCCCGUCUCCCCGAAACGAUCGCGCACCGACACCGAAGUCAAGUCUUCUGCACGACCUUCGACACGGAACGGCCGAACUUUGAUUGUCCAAGAGAAGGAGAAGCUUGCCGAGCCAGUGCUCGCGCCAACAAGGCCUCCCAACAACAGAAAAUCCCGGUCUUGGGGAAACCGCUUGUCUGCUCUGUUCCCCUCGCUCAUUGUCCAACCAACAGAUCAAUCGCAACCUCCCCCACCUCAGCCUGCCCAGCUUCAACAACAGCUCCCCAUUCACCGCAAACCCCUGCCCGACGACUCGCCUGCGACAUCUCCUUCCGACAGCGCACCCUCUUACCACACAACUGAAAAUCCCACUGUCCGCCCCGUCAACAACAGCCUCGAUCUGGGUCUCGGGAUCGCUCAACCCGCCUUUGACUCCCUCGACCCACCGCCGCCGGCUGCUCCUACUGAUGCACCGCCUCCUAUUCCUUCAAAAGUUCCCCCCGCACCUCUAGACUCUGCUACAACUUAUUUUCCCGUUGAUCAAUAUCCCAAUUCUCAACCUUCCACACCUACAACGCCAGGCAUGGCUGCACCUUUAGCCCCCCAGCAGCCGCCUCCGCCGGUUCCCACCGCCAAGUUGCGCAAGGAAAAGACCAUUCCGACACCCCCAGUACCGAAUGCCAGCGACGUCUCUGCGCCGUCGCCGAGAACCGCUCCCCACGUCGAGGCGCCGACACCAGGAAAGCUCAAGAAGGAGAACAAUGAACCUCGGAAGAGGAGCAACUCCUUCCAGCAGGCCCGGAGAGGCUCCAUGGCCUUCCUCGGAAUCCGAUCGACAUCGCCAGGCCCCGACUCAAGAGGCAGAAGCACCUCUGCACAGCCUCCCGGCGCCAGAACGAACACUGGCAGCUCACAAAACACCUCUGCCGCCCAGGGCUCAACCGAGAGCGGAAGCCCAGGCCGCGACGACAGACGCGGCCGGUUGCGGAGGAGUUGGCUUCCUGGCGGCGGCAGGUCGCGGUCCAAUUCGCAGGACGUUACUGGUGUGUCGCACAACUCCCAGGCUUGGGUCCUGUCGCAGGACACCGUGGGAGACUAUAAUACCUCGUUCUUGUUGAAUGCGGAAAAGGUCCCAGAGUUGUGGAACGAAAGCGGCAAUGUCCUUGUCUACCUCCAACCUAGAUCGGCCAACGGCCAACCGUCCUUCAAGGUUCCCAGCUUUUCCAUUAUUAAUUCAGUCAUUUUCAAUGAGCUUAUCCAGGCCGAUCUGUCAACGCCGACUAGCGGCAGAAGCCGCGGCAGGAGUUUUGGCGGUCGGGAUAGUCUUUCCGUCGAUGACGCGCGAGCCAGGACCUUUUCUCCGCCCAGCUCCCCUCCUUUGGACAGCCCAGAAAGCCCCGUCGAGGCAAGGUUAUAUCUGCCGGCGACGCCCCCGCAAUACACGAAUAACGGUCAGCUUGCAGCGCCGGGCCCCCAGCUCCGCGCCGAUCUCGACCGACUCAUUGCCAUUCGCAACCUUUUUGCCUUCUUGACCGGCCAGCCUCUGGUUGCCACCAAGGCGCACCCCUCGACAUUUGCAGCAUUCCUGCAGAUUUCUAAGCUGCUGCAGGAAUAUGGCUUCACCAACAUGGACGGCUCGUCGUUUGGCGAAGCCGUCGACUUGAGUUUCGGCUUCUACAUGGAGCAGCUGUCACUUGCGGACGUGCGACACAGCCGUGAGAAGACGCUCGAGUCGUUGAUCCUGGGUGAGAGCAUGAGGUCGAUUGAACUGUAUAAUGAGACCUUUGCACACGCAGUCGGCAAGUACACUGCAAUUAUGGAUCUCAACUCUCCAUUGUUCGAGCAGGUGUCUCUGUUUACCAGACAGAGGCUUGAACGGGCUCACUUGGAUCUCGUCAACCGACAGCACAAUCUCAAUGUGAGACUUGAGCAGUUUGAGUUCCCCUCCCUGUUUGCCGGUAUCGCCAGCUCGACAUCAAAUCCCGAGCUGAAGGCUAUCCGCUUCAAGGUAUGGCAGAAGUCUUUCAAUAAGAUGAAGUCUUUUGUCUUGCAAUAUUACAAGACCAGCUUCGGCGCAUGGCCCCCCAAGGCAAGCAGCAAGAAGAACCCCUUCUCCGAGAGCGGUCUCAACCGGUUGGUGUUGAAGGCGCUCUACUCAGAUAUGUGCGCACUAUACGAUCUUACCGUGGACCGCGAUAACAUCACUACUAGAGUGAUUGAUGGCAACGCGGAUGGUGACGCCAAGUCCACCGACAGUCCGAUGAUUGCCAACUUGCGGAAAAUGCUUUCCGAGUACGACAACUCGACGCCUCCAGUUCUGCCCCCGGUUCCUUUUGACGUUCCCAAGCUUCCGACCAUGACGACCAUCCUCGCAACCUACGAUUCCCUUUCUACAAAGGAGCAGACCAAGUUCGAUCGCAAAAUUAAAGAGCACGAGCUGACCCUUGUCCUCCAGAAGGCGUACAACUGGGACACCAACAGCGUCAACAUCCCGUUCCUGCUGGAGUUUAAGGAGUUUGAGCAGCACGAGGCCAAGGGCAAGAACUCGGCAGACCUCGCGGACCAACGCAUCGGCUACUGGAUCUUCCUCUACGCCGUUAUCCAAUCGCUGCCGAUGCUUGUCAUUGACGCGCCUAACCUGAAGUUCAACGAGGGGGUCGAGUACUUCCUCUGCGAGCCGCCUGUCGGCAACCCGCCGUGGAUCGAAGAUGCGCGCCAAGUCCGCAAGAUGUGGUACGAGGUGUCUGGCGGCGCCGGCUAUGUCGAGCUCUCAGCCGACAGCGUCAUGCUCAGUGUGGAGUCCAUUUACCACCGCAGCCACUGCUGGCUGGCCGCGAAGGAGUGGGAGGGACUGACGGGCGCAGCCCCACCCCCACAAGACGUUGGCAUGUCACCUUUGGAGCCACCGAGGCCUGUGUUCCCAGGCCCGGAUGGCAUUGUCGGCAGCCCCCCGGCCCUUGGCACCCCGCCUGAGUCGGCCUCCCCACAAUCCCAUCUCCGGCCGCGUAAUGCUUCGCCUGGCGGUCGCCAGCUGGGCAGCCGCAACGCGCACCGCUCUAGUAUCAUUUUUGGUCUCGAGCCUGUCGGCUUCGAGGAAAGUAUGGGUCUGCCGGGCGAUCGCAACUCUCGCGUCGGCGGCAGUGCGAGAAGCAGCUCAGCCGGCUCGCGUCCUAUGAGCAUGGUCAUGCCCAACUCACAUUCCACGACGAACCUCCGCAACAUGUCGGUCGACGCCAGCCAGGAUGCCGGCAAGUCGACUAUGACCUUUGACGACAUCCUCGGCGGGGGAGAGGAGAAGAAGACGAAGAAGAAGAAGGGCAAGUUCUUUUAA